AUGUCUUCCUCAUCAAGUGAUGAAGUUGAUGAAGCUUUAGAAGAAAUGGUUGACCAAGUAGUUGAUAAUUUCAUCGACUCAGUGAUUCAUGCUCACCCCAACAAGCAGAAAAGACGUGUCAAAAGAGAUCGGGAACAAGGACACAAUCGGCUAUGGAACGAUUAUUUCAAGGAAAAUCCUACAUACCCACCGGAAAUGUUUAGGAGGCGUUUUCGAAUGAACAAACCUUUGUUCCUCCACAUUGUCGAACGUUAUCUACGAAGACCUACACCUGAGGAUCUUCAACGAUUACUCGAUGUUGGAGAGGUACGCGGGUUUCCAGGGAUGGUAGGCAGCAUCGAUUGUAUGCAUUGGGAGUGGAAAAACUGCCCAACGGCUUGGAAAGAUAUCAAUGUUCUUGAUCGGUCACCGGUUUUCGAUGACAUCUUACAAGGUCGAGCACCAAAAGUUAAGUUCAAGGUCAACAACCACACUUAUCGUAUGGCAUACUAUCUUACUGACGGAAUUUAUCCAAACUGGUCAACAUUUGUCCAAUCCAUCCCACUUCCUCAAGGUCCUAAAGCCGAGAAAUUUGCGAAAAAGCAAGAAUCCGCAAGAAAAGAUGUCGAAUGGGCUUUUGGAGUAUUGCAAUCGAGGUUUGCAAUUGUUAAACAUCCAGCUCUACUAUGGGACAAGGAAAAGAUAGGAAAUAUAAUGAAAACUUGUGUCAUAUUGCACAAUAUGAUAGUAGAGAACGAACGACACAGAUAUGCUCAAAUUAAUACAUCUGAGUUCGAGUCAGGAGAGUCAAGCAGAAGUUCUAGGGUGACAAGGAGAGAUAGUAUUCAUGUCGGUGAUAUGUUAGCCAUGCGCAGAGAAGUUCGAGAUCAAGACAAGGAUGCUCGUCUGAAAGCUGAUUUAAUGGAAAAUAUUUGA